GUCUGUGUCACCUGCCCCCGACGACUUGUUGGUUCCCUGGAGCGCUGCCUUCCAGCUCAGGGCGCCCCCCCGAGAUCUGAGGACGGUCUCGCUUAUCUGAUCCCCCGGCGCGGCCCGGGGAGCUGCUGAGACACUCCCGGGACCGCUCGCCCCUCUAAUCCACAGCCAUGAGCAAGCUGGGCAAGUUCUUUAAGGGGGGCGGCUCUUCUAAAAGCCGGGCCGCUCCCAGCCCCCAGGAGGCCCUGGCCCGACUUCGGGAGACGGAGGAGAUGCUGAGCAAGAAACAAGAGUACCUGGAAAAUCGAAUCCAGAGGGAACUCACCCUGGCCAAGAAGCACGGCACGCAGAAUAAGCGAGCUGCAUUGCAGGCACUAAAGAGAAAGAAGAGGUUUGAGAAGCAGCUCACUCAGAUUGAUGGCACACUUUCCACCAUUGAGUUCCAGAGAGAAGCCCUGGAAAACUCACACACCAACACCGAGGUGUUAAGAAACAUGGGCUUUGCGGCAAAAGCGAUGAAAGCAGUUCAUGAAAACAUGGAUCUGAACAAAAUAGAUGAUCUGAUGCAAGAGAUUACAGAGCAACAGGAUAUUGCCCAAGAAAUCUCAGAAGCCUUUUCUCAGCGGGUCGGAUUUGGCGAUGACUUUGAUGAGGAUGAGUUGAUGGCGGAACUUGAAGAAUUGGAGCAGGAAGAAUUAAAUAAGAAGAUGACAAAUAUCCGACUUCCAAAUGUGCCUUCUUCCUCCCUCCCAGCACAGCCAGAGAGGAUGCCAGGGAGAAUGUCAGCCACGUCCUCCACUGCACACAGAUCCCGAGCAGCAUCAUCCAGGAGGGCAGAAGACGAGGAUGACGAUAUCAAACAAUUGGCAGCUUGGGCAACUUAAACUAAAAGGGAAUUCGUGGACACCUGAAUUAAUGAGCUGUACAUAAGACAUAAAAAAUGUUUUUGCCUCGUUCAGAAGUUAACAAAGGCCCUGUUUUAUAUUCACACUGGAUCAGUAAUUGUCUUUUAAGCCUUAUAAAUAAAAGUUACAAAGAAUCA